AUGUCUAAGAUGUUCCAGACACAUCCCCUCGAUCUGUAUGAGAUUCGCUCAAGAAUUGCCAACAGUCUUGGCCGUAAAGACCUCGCGACCUGUGCGCGUGUGAGUCAGGAUUGGAACGACUCUUUCACACCUCCACUCUACAACUCUGUCGUGUUGUCGAAACAUGGCCUUGGCAUGGAAUCUGUUGAGAGAAACAAGCACCUUAUACAAAGCCUGGAGAUUCGAAGAUCUGCCUAUGAAAAACUAUCAUCGACAUCAGCACGAGACAAAGUAGUUUUUAGUGUCAUGGCUAACUCGACUCUGACGACUUUGGACUUGAAUGGCAACUCGAUCGGACCCAACGGAGCCCAGGCGCUGUCUGAGGCACUCAAGACCAACUCGACUCUGACCACUUUGAACUUGUGGGACAAUUCGAUCGGAGACAACGGAGCUCAGGCGCUGUCUGAGGCACUCAAGACCAACUCGACUCUGACCACUUUGAGGUUGUGGGACAACUCGAUCGGAGACAAUGGAGCUCAGGCGCUCUCUGAGGCACUCAAGACCAACUCAACUCUGACCACUUUGGACUUGAAUGACAACUCGAUCGGACCCAAUGGAGCCCAGGCGCUGUCUGAGGCGCUCAAGGCCAACUCGACUCUAACCACUUUGGACCUGGAUGGCAACUCGAUCGAACCCAAUGGAGCUCAGGCGCUGUCUGAGGCACUCAAGACCAACUCGAUCCUAAUCACUUUAGUCUUGGAUGGCAACUCGAUCGGAGACAACGGAGCUCAGGCGCUGUCUGAGGCACUCAAGACCAACUCGACUCUGACCAUUUUGAACUUGUGGGGAAACUCGAUCGGACCCAACGGAGCUCAGGCACUGUCUGAGGCACUUAAGACCAACUCGACUCUGACCACUUUGGACUUGAAUGGCAACUCGAUCGGACCCAAUGCAGCCCAGGCGCUAUCUGAGGCACUCAAGACCAACUCGACUCUGACCACUUUGGACUUGGGGAACAACUCUAUCAGAUACAAUGGAACUCAGGCGCUGUCCGAGGCACUCAAGACCAACUCGACUCUGACCACCUUGGACUUUCAGUGGAACUCGAUCGGAGACAAUGGAGCUCAGGCGCUCUCUGAGGCACUCAGGACCAACUCGACUCUGACCACUUUGAACUUGUGGAACAACUCGAUCGGAGACAAUGGAGCUCAGGCGCUCUCUGAGGCACUCAAGACCAACUCAACUCUGACCACUUUGGACUUGAAUGACAACUCGAUCGGACCCAAUGGAGCCCAGGCGCUGUCUGAGGCGCUCAAGGCCAACUCGACUCUAACCACUUUGGACCUGGAUGGCAACUCGAUCGAACCCAAUGGAGCUCAGGCGCUGUCUGAGGCACUCAAGACCAACUCGAUCCUAAUCACUUUAGUCUUGGAUGGCAACUCGAUCGGAGACAACGGAGCUCAGGCGCUGUCUGAGGCACUCAAGACCAACUCGACUCUGACCAUUUUGAACUUGUGGGGAAACUCGAUCGGACCCAACGGAGCUCAGGCGCUGUCUGAGGCACUCAAGACCAAUUCGACUCUGACUACUUUGGACUUGAGGAACAACUCGAUCGGACCCAAUGCAGCCCAGGCGCUAUCUGAGGCACUCAAGACCAACUCGACUCUGACCACUUUGGACUUGGGGAACAACUCUAUCAGAUACAAUGGAACUCAGGCUCUGUCCGAGGCACUCAAGACCAACUCGACUCUGACCACCUUGGACUUUCAGUGGAACUCGAUCGGAGACAAUGGAGCUCAGGCGCUCUCUGAGGCACUCAGGACCAACUCGACUCUGACCACUUUGAACUUGUGGAACAACUCGAUCGGAGACAAUGGAGCUCAGGCGCUCUCUGAGGCACUCAAGACCAACUCAACUCUGACCACUUUGGACUUGAAUGACAACUCGAUCGGACCCAAUGGAGCUCAGGCGCUGUCUGAGGCACUCAAGACCAACUCGAUCCUAAUCACUUUAGUCUUGGAUGGCAACUCGAUCGGAGACAACGGAGCUCAGGCGCUGUCUGAGGCACUCAAGACCAACUCGACUCUGACCAUUUUGAACUUGUGGGGAAACUCGAUCGGACCCAACGGAGCUCAGGCGCUGUCUGAGGCACUCAAGACCAAUUCGACUCUGACUACUUUGGACUUGAGGAACAACUCGAUCGAACCCAAUGGAGCUCAGGCGCUAUCUGAGGCACUCAAGACCAACUCGACUCUGACCACUCUGGACUUGUGGAACAACUCGAUCGGAGAUAACGGAGCUCAUGCGCUGUCUGAAGCACUCAAAACCAACUCGACUCUGACCACUUUGACCUUGCAGGACAAUUCGAUCGGACCCAACGGAGCUCAGGCGCUCUCUGACGCGCUCAAGACCAACUCGAUCGUCACCAUUAUGGGCGUCGUGUUUUAA